AGCCACGGGCUUUAAAAGGACGCGCUGCGAGACACUGAGACGUUCUGGGCCGCUGGUGCAGCUGUAUAUCAAACGGGUAGUGUUAACGUAAAUGAUACAUGCAAAAAUAUAUAGAUAAACAUAGAUAUAUUAAUUACAAUUGCUUUUAGGCCGACAAGAUUUGACGCCCUUUAUCAUUUUGCACGAAUAUUCUUUCAUCUUUGGAGGUGCUUGCAGCUGCUGUGGACGAACCGCCUGUAGACAUCAUGCUCCUGCUGACGCCAUCCUCCGAUGAAGAGUCUCUUGCACUCGCCUGGCUUUGGAAUCACAGGAAGUUCAGGGUGAAAAGCAUAAUAGUAGGAACAUGACUUUCACCCUUUUUGCAGAUAGAAGUUAGCUUGGCUUGGUUUCUUUAGGCUUAACAGAAUAUGUGUUCUCAAGUAGUUUCAGAUUAAUUGUUACCUGCAAACAAUCUUAUGGACAGUACAAUUCUAAAAGUGAAAAUGCAUGCAAGAGGCUAGAAUCCACCCGAUAGGAGCCAUGAAGUCUAAAAUCAUCCCAGUUUUGUGGCAGCCGAGGUUUUGCAUUGUUUAGGUUUAGAGUGACACUGACAUUCCCACUUGUUGAGUUUGAUGAACAUGGCCUAGCCACCAGGAUUGACCUGUUAAUCAAUGAAAUGUUUAUGCUUGAAGUUUCAAAGUAUAACGUUUACAACCUUUCUUAAUCUGACCUUGACAAUUAUUAAGUCAUGAAGGACAUUUCCAAAAAAAAAUCCCAAAUUGAGACCUGUGUAUUUAUGCUGACAAAACUCUUGAAGCAUUUGAUAAGUUGAUUUAUAUAAUGUAUGCAUGCAUGCAAAAAUCUAUAAUUUUUUUCUUUCAGAAUACACAUGCAAAACCAGAAAUGACCAUGUGUUGUAUGUAAUAACAGUUAGCUGUGUCCUUGUACCGGUCACUUUAAGAUGCCUUUUAUUUUUGAAUACUGUGGGUGCAACUCACAACCACUGUAGCACACAAGGACUGUGGAAUUUUCCACUGACUGAAAGUAUGAUUGCAUAAAAGCACUUGAUAGUAAUAAAGUAUUUGUUGUAUGGCUGUUGCCCAUCUUCAAUGUUUGCAUGUUGAGGUUUACUGCAUGCAGUUGAUACUGUUUCUCUGUGACAUUUGACAAUGUUUAUCAGCUGUAUUGUGUAAACAUAGCCACAUGGUAAACAUGUUUGGCAUUCACAAAUCACAAAUGUUGCAUGAUUUAGGCUGACUACUCCUGAUUGAAUGAAUGUAACACUUGCCUACGUUUUAGUGUCAUUCUGAAACAAAUGGAUUAGUGUAUCGUAAGGUUGGUGUCCAUCCAAUAAACAUGCGUUUUGGUAAGUGAUGUUUAUUUCUAUAAGGUGAAAGAAUCCAUUUUGAAAUAGCUAAUUCUUGUUGGAAAAUGGUUAAACAUGUAACUUAUCCAGUCUAAUUUGGCAGUAAAGAUUCUCAGUUAAUGUUGCACUACAGUAUUUCUGUUUCUCACUUCAUUUUUCUACUGGCCAAGUUUAUUUUACAUCUAGUGUAAUACUUUUUGUUUGGUCAAUUAAAAUGAUAGUUUUGGGGGAAACAAGCUAUUAGGCCAUGUUAUCCACCACUUGGUGGACUUCUAACGCCCAGAAGAGCCACGACCUGAAAGGGCAGCUUCAGUAAGGUCAUCAGAUCCACUUUGAAUCUAGUCUCAUUUAUUGACGGAAGCAGCGAGAAUCAGCGUAACACAUACUCAUGCUAACGUCCAUCGCUGUGUGGUAUCAGGUUUCUUCCAGCGCGUCAAUAAGCUCUUUCUUAGCGAGCGAGCCAGAGGACUGCCCAUCAAGGACUUUCUACGGCAAAAUGCAGCCAACGCCAUCUCAUUGGGUAACAUGCUGAUGGGCAUGGCUUCUAUCCUGUGCAGCCUGAAUGGACACCACUAUUUAGCAUGCUGGCUGGUUUUGAUUGGCUACCUGCUGGAUUUGGCAGAUGGAGCAGUUGCCAGGCGACUGGAUACAUGUUCUCCCCUGGGUGCGAAAUUGGACGAUUUCGCUGACUACACCACCUUUGGCAUCGCCACGUCUCUGCUGCUGAGGACGCCCCACCUGAUCGACAACAUCCUGUGCAUGUGCUACGGGCUGUCCGUGUUCAUCCGCGUUUGCUUUUAUACAAGCGGGAUCCCGUUUGUGUACCGGGGCCUGCCCUGCCUCUACUCCUCUGCCAUCCUGGCCAGCGCCUCUCUUCUGUCGGGGGGUAACACAGUGUUGUUGAGGACCACCGCAGUGGCCCUUAUCCUCUUUAUGGUCAGCCGCAGCUUUUACCCUCACGACAGGGUGCUGGAGUCUCAGAACUGGAAGAAGGCCAUCUAUGCAGGAGGCAUCAUCAUGGUGUUCUCUUCCAUCCAGUCCUUGUGUUGUGUCUACUACCUGCUGUGGUGUGUCUCCUACAUGCUAUUCCCUGGAUCCCUCUGGAGCAGCAAAGUGUAAAAGAGAACCCACUCCAGUGGCCUCUGUCUCUCUCUUUCUCCCUACACCUACCGGGCUGGCUGGUAGUCGGAGGCCAUCCAGGGCCCGUGGAGCACACCAAAGCCCAUGGAAAACUUCUUGAGGUCACUGAGGGUCCAACCUUGACUUGCUUACACACUAGCAAAGAGAGUCCUCUUGCAAAGUAAAUUCUUAAUUUACUUCUAAUUAUGUUAUUAAGGGUUUAUCUGGGUGUGCAUUAAGCAUCAGAAAAUGAUGCUCCAUGAAAACCAUUGCAAUCUCAAAUUUCCUUCCGCUCCGAGUAUAUUUUCCCUCCUGGCUACGUAGCCAAGCGGGUGACCAAAUGCCGUGCCCUCACAUUACGUUGACGGUGAGGCUGUGUGAAGCUACAACGUUUCAGACUUGGUACAAACUACAUCAAACAACAAAUGGGGGGGGGGGGGGGGGGGUAGGGUAGGUCUUCAGGACACACCACUACAAGUCUUUCCAUGACACUGUUUUUUAGCGGACUUUAAGAUGUACAUUAAUUUACUUUUUGAUAUUUUUCUGAGAAGGUGUGUAGUGGAUACAUCCCUCUGUGAUGUUAUUUUAUUUUAUGUUCGAUCCUGUUGUCAUCACUUUCAUGGUAUCCCCGGUAAGGGAAUCCUACAACAGGUUGGUUGGUGAUGUUGCGAAGUAUGGUUCUUUGUGACCUGUAUGUAGUCUUAGCAGGAUCUGAUUCCCAGCCUGUUCUAAAACAUAUACUCUUUUUGCUGUUGCAAUUACAUAAUGACAAUGAUUACCCCCAUUCCCCCACCCAAAUAUGUAAAGCACAUAGGACCAAUCUGACUAAAAUGCCUUUAUUUUAUCCAAACGUAAACAGGAGAUGUUAAUGGAAAACCCUUGAAAUAUAUUUAGUUUAACAUUGACUUGUGUGACAUUAUCGGAGUUCAGUGUCCUUCAGCGAUGGAUGAUCCUGGAGCAUCCUUUGUCUUUUUGCUGAGUUCUUCAGACAUUUCAAAUUCCAUACUAGUGCGGUCAGUUUUUUGCACAAUGGGAAUGUCUAUUACAGCAUUAUGGCAGCUUUGUAUUGACGGGGAGUUUGUAUCAGCACAAAUACUGUCAGUAUAUAUAAAGAUAUAUUGUCAUUCCCUUUGACUGUAGUCAACACGUGAGGUAAAUGUUGUAUCCAAUUCUAACACUUGUUGAGAAAAGGCGCUUUGACCAAUUCUAUAAAAAUACAACUCAUAAAUCAAUCAUCUAUGUAACAUCUCAUUUGAAAUAUUUGUUAUUCAGAUUUUAGGAUACUGCGAAUUAAACGAUGACUUUAAUAUUACCAUGAUCGAUUCUAUGUUUUUUUUCUUUUCUCUAUUGGAUUUUGGUAUUUGGGCAUUUUGCUUGUACAUCUUUGCCUCUGUUUUAUGAGGCUAUUUGGUUUGACUUUCAAAAGUAAUCCAUGCAUGAAUACAUUUGUGUCUACAUUUAGAAUAAUAUCCUUUGUUAAAAAACUUGAAAGAAAAUAAGGACCUAGAAUGAAAUUGCUGUUCUUUAUAAAUAACUGGCAUACAAUAAUUGUCAAUUAAGUUGCCUGCAAUGUUGAAAUUGUAAACAUCGAACUAGAUAUGGUUUUGCUGCUCUUCUAUCUGCGGCUUCCAUAACUUAUUGCAUUCCAGUUCUGAUUAAAUAAACACCACAUUCAUUCCCAAUGUUUUCAUGUCCUCCCACUUUGAAACUGCAAGGUCAGUGUUGUAUGCAUUCUGAGCAUUGUCGGGUCAUUGUCCACAUUUGCACAGCAGAUAAGGGCAUGUACAAAAAUCUGUAUUUUUGAUUCUGCUCAUUUUGAAAAUAAAAAGACUGCAAUAUGA